GGUGACAGUUGACAGAUUUGGAUUGGACGGAGUUCGAUUGAUUUGAUUCUUUAGUUGGAUGAAAUUUAAUUUUCUUAAAAAUAUUUCCUAAUUCAACUGAAAUAAUGUGAUUUAUCUGUAAAAUAAUAUGCACUGUGCUAUUUUAAUAAUUUAAAUAUGGAUACGUUAAAAUAAGUUCGCGUGGCGAACCAAUUAUUGUGAAUAUGUCUGUCCCCGACGAACAAGACGAAUUCAUAUUUCGUCCCCAGCAACAUUUAGACCCUAAAUGGUUAAAUCCUGACUUACAAGAAGCCCUUCACGACCCGGAAGCUGUUUGUUCUUUAUUUAAUAGUUUACUGCAGGAUCGAGAAAUAUAUUUCGACGCCGGAAACGGGUUGGUAAAUGGUGCUGGAAUUACUGCUAAACUUGGUGACAGCGGGAAAUAUUAUUGCGGUCUACGGAUUUUAAACUGUACUUGUUGUGAUGGUCUUUGCGGUCCUCAUUCGGGGUGUGCAUGCCCACCCUGCACUGCACUUUCAGCUGAAGAGGAGCUCCGUACCUCAAUUCAGUCUAAAAUUGUUGCACCACCACCCUCUGUACAAGUCAUAGAUGAUAUCAAGUGGAAGCUAGAUCCAGGUCCAGAAUGUCUAAGAAAUCUAAUGGAAGCUCUUGUGUGGGAGCAGAGAGUGAGGGCAAUAAACACAGCUGCCAGCUGUCCAUUUGUAUCACAAAUACGUAGGUUGAUGGUGCUGUGUCAUAGACACCUUGUAGCAGUAAUAAGGGAACAAAGCAACCAUAAAGAGGCUAAAAAGACCAAAGUUGAAAAGAAACCAGUCCAUGGUGUUAGUAAUAGGAAUUUAAGCAAUGUAGUCACCACUCUGAACAAACCUAUGGAGUUAGGAGCAGAUACACAAGAGGAUGGUGAAGAAUCAACUGAUGAAUCUGAAAGUGCCUUUGCUCUAGCCCGUGUAGGCGCCAGAGCAGCAUUACGCCUCGCAUUAUCACUAGUACGCCGCGCGUGGCGUUGUGGAGAAGAAGCAGACGUUUGCUCUGCAUUACUGCGUGAUGCCUUAGACGCUGUCAGAGGCCUGCCCGAAGCUGCAUUGUACGCAGGCAGCGGCCAAAUGAAUUCCAUCGCACAACAGGCGCCGCGGUCGCAGAAGAUCUGGGCGGAAGUUGUUGAUAGUGCUGCGAAAUUUUUGCAUCAAGUUGUUGCUGGAGAAGUAGGAUGCAACGUUCCCCAGGGUGAUUGGCGGACAUCGCUUUGCGUUUGGGUCGAGCUGUGUGCACGUCGCGCUGAACUACCCGCACUUUUAAAGGCUGCAGAUGUACUAGUCACAUUACCGCCCAAGCAGAAACGGCAGCCGGAUAACAGGAUAGUGUUAGAAGAAUGCACAGCACCAUUGGGCCCGUUUCUACGACGCAUGGCUAAAGUUGCAGCUCCAAAUCCAAUUGUCAGCUCUGAACCAAACACUGAAUGUAAUUCUACCGAGGCAUAUUUGAAGGAUCUAGUCAUACCGAGUGGCGAUGAUCUGAUGAGUGUGAGGAAAGCUGGCAUCGCAUUGCUCUGUCAUUUGGAUCGAUUGGGCGCCCCUUUAUUACCACCAUUAAAAGGGUUUGUCACUUGCACAGAGUCUGCCCAGGAAGUCGUGUCUAUAGGUUCUGGAUUAUUACAAUUAGGAAGUUUGAGAUUACAACAGAUAGCGUGCGCUGAAAAAUUGGCGUUACUAUUGACUCAUGACGGUGCGGUGUACACUCUGCCUUACGAUACCAUGACCCCGCAUCUUGUACCCGGCCUCGAAAGUAAAACAAUAACCCAAUUGGCAUGCCAUCCCAACGGGCGGCACUACCUCUGCCAGUCGUCGUGUGGCGGCGCGUGGUCGUGGGGCGCGGGCGAGGACGGGAGACUGGGUCAUGGAGAUACCGCUGCCAGAGACGCUCCUCAGCCUUUGCACCAUCUAGCACAUCAUGAAGUCGUUAGAGUAGCCGCCGGGAUCGCUUGCAGUGCGGUGAUAACAUCUCGCGGGGCCCUGUACACGUGGGGUCGCGGCGCUCAAGGCAGGCUCGGUCACGGCACCAUAGAGAACUGUCUGACCCCGCAGCCUGUGUCCUUUAACGCACACAACAUAGAAAGGAUCAUUGAUGUCGCCCUUGGUUGGGGUGAAGGUCAAACUCUGUGUUGCACUUGGGAAGGCGCAGUGCAAGUAUUCGGCGAUAGCGAAGCGGGCACGCCCAGGACUCUGACCGCGUUGUCCACUCUGCGAGUCACUCGCGUCUAUACCGGGGAGCAUUGGCAUGCUGCUCUCACUGACGGGGGGCAAGUCUACACAUGGGGUAAAGGAGAUGGAUAUCGGUUGGGUCAUGGAAAUCUAGAAUCUAUUAAAAUACCAAAAUUAAUUGAAGCUCUUCAAGGAGUGAAAAUAGCGGAUCUGUCACUUGGUACGUCACAUGGUAUUGCGUUGUCGUCCGAAGGCGUGCUGUACGCGUGGGGCACGCACGAACGGGCGCAGAUUUCCAACACCGUGCCGCAACCUUUGCAAGUGUUUAAUGCUUCGUUUAAAGCUAAUGGUGUUGCAACCGGUCCCAUCCAAAUAAUUGCGUGGAGUGAGGAAAACCCUAGAGAUCUUCCUUCUUCGAUGCCUUUUGUUAUUGAUUUAUCAGAAAAUACGUUUAAGCUCCUUGAGAGGUUACUAAGAAUAGUGGUAGAACAGAGUAGUACGGCGAAUAUAAAAGAUAAUGAAUGUUUAGCAAUCUCCUGUCUGAAUCUCCUUAGGUUACAAGUACAUGCUUGGCAAUGCGCUCGAGGCAAUGAUAUAGACGAAACUGAUAUGGAAGCUAGAUCUUGGUGCGCUGGCGUUCACACCGCUCUAGUGGCGCUGGUCGAAGGGCGGGCGGGGGCUGCGGCGGCGGCGGCGGCUAGGAAAGCGCUGGCGGCAGCCUGGCCGAUACUGCUGCCUACUCCUCAGAUACGGGCACAGCAUCUUAUUGCUUUGUUACCUCAAGGUUCAGUCCCCGCUAGUACUGGAGCAAGGUUCAUGACAGAGCUCCUGGUUUGGUCAUUGUUAGGCGGCGGAGGUUUGAGAGAUGCUCUCAGAAAUGCUCUUCAAGCUCAUUCAACGGAUGCGUAUAACCACUUGCAGUUAGAUGAUGAGUAUGACCAAAUCGACAUAGUGACUGGACAAAGAGGAUAUGCGACAACUACUAUGUCGGAGGACAGUGAAACAUUACGAGCGAAUUGUACGGAUGAAUAUCAAAUCAGCAAUAACGCAACUGUUAGCGAAAAUGGUGCCUCAGUUCCUCUAAUGCAUUUGGUAAAGCACUUGAUACGUAACACGAGCUGUCAGACGCAAAUGCUAAUAAGCUCCAUAAUGAACGGAGAUACAAGUAAGACUGACGACCUCAAGGGUCAUGACACUGUGAGUCCUAGCUGUGAUCUUCUUAUUAGAUUUCAAAGGUUACUAUUUAGCGAAGCCAUGUGGUCAAGAGGCGGGCGCAGUACGCGAGGCGGAGUACAAUCGCUGCUCACGCAGUACACGUCUCUGCUAUCGGAGCAUGUACAGUCCACGCUGACGUGCUUCUCGAGAGCCGUCCACAGAGCUGACAAUGCGCAACUGGUUGCACUCUGCGAUUUGGUUAGCGCUGAUAUUGUCGGUCGCGUAAUGAGUGAACUAGCGGUGUGGGUGUGUGCGUGCGCGGCGCGCUCAGCCAUUUCUCUGUCGAACUGCACGGAGUCGCUCGUUGCGAUCGUGCGCGCGUGCGAUGAAGCGGCGCGCACGCUGCCGUCUGCACAGAAGCUGGACGCCGAUCUGCUGGGCUGGCCGGGCCUUAUGUCCAAACGACACCAGUUGAACCGCAGUGUUAUUCGCAAGUGCGAUCUUCAAAAUCAUACCAAAGAGGGAGGAUCGUGGAUAGUAGUGGCUGGCCACGUGUUCGAUGUGGAUAACUUUGAAUGCGAAAACGCGAGCACUGUAGAGUUGGUGCGCAAAAUGCGGGGCUGCGACGCCACCGCCGCCCUGAGUGUGGAGCCUCACGCGGCCUUCUUGUCGCGGAUUACGGAGAAGUGUGUCGGGAUGUACGCUAGUCAGAUAUACAGUCAUAAAUGUCAGGAAAGUACAUCAAGUCUCCGAUUGCACCAUAUACUAUCGUCGUGCGCAUUCCACUUAGCAUUGGGCCUGUCACAAUGCGGGCUGCGGUUAGCGCGUUCGUUGCCGAUACAGCAAGCUGAACGGGAUACCGCUUCCUAUACAAGCGCUGUUUUUCUUAGAGGUGGUCUACAGACAUCUCAACCAGCAAAUCCGUUCGAAGAGGAAAAGGCGGAAGCUCGCAGCGGAUCGUCCACCGGCGGCAACAGUCCAGCGAGCGACACCCCCCAUGUCUCCCAUACAUCGCACACAUCCAACGUACUGUACCCGCCGCAGACAAGAGUAAGAGUUCCGAAAGUGAACGUCGCAGUGUCGUCUGUGCGUGCGGAUACGUUGCUAUUCGCGCUGGCUGAACCAAAGUUACACGAUCCCUUAGCCUUGCAUUUAUGGUGGGCUUGCGAACGUCGGGAAGGUUGUGCACCUCAUUUCCCUCCUGAACAUCCUCUAGAAGAACUAAGGCGUGCACUGUUGGCUGUCCUGUUGUAUCACGCCGGCCUAAAAGAACACGCAUUAGCAACGGCUACUGCAGAAAUGGAAAAAGGAGAAGUUAAGCUUUCCCCAGCAAUGUCAGAGAUUGUGAAAGCUGUACAACAGAGCAAAUGGACUCUUAUGCGUACAAGACAACAAUUAUCCAGAGGAUACAAGGAAGUAUGUGCAGCUCCUUUGGAAAGAGCUCGGUUUUUGUUACACGAAGUGCGCGCAGCCAUCUCGCCUGCAGUAACAGCGUUACACUCACGACCGCCCUCUCAUCGUGCGCCCACUGCAAAAAGAAUAUUCCAGAAAGUUAUGAGAAUGGCCAAGUCUCCAACUUUCAAUAAAUGUUUUGAAACAACAAAAGACCUUAGAAAUAGGCAAAAUAGUCUAAGUAAAAGUAUGCUAAAAGCAACCGGUACUCUAUUACAAGGAGAUGCAUUAAUAAUAAAAUCUGCUCUUGGAAAUCAAAGUAGACAAGAGGAAAUCCAAACAAUUAUAGUAGAACCGCCUAGAAGUCAUCUUAAUGUAGAUAGUUUCGGUGAUCACAGUUCAAAAACUCCUUGCCAUUUAGCAGCGAAGAAUAAAUUAAAAUCAAAAGAUAAACCACUUGAAAAGGAUUUAAAAAAUGCUUCCAAUUAUGACGAUAUGCGCCACGAUGGAAGAACUGAUCUCAAACUGACUGAAAAGGAAGAGGCAUUCGAUAAAGAUGACGAUAAGACUCCCACGAACGAAAUGUCCCUGAGUUCAAUUAACGAAAUGACUGACAACUCUGUUCUUAAGGAAUCGUUGGAAAGCGAAAAACAAGUUAUACUUUUAGCUGAAGAUUUGAAAAAUGAACUUAUUGUUGCUGACGAAGAAAAGGAUGAUGAUACUUCGGAAAGAAAUAAGUUUGUCAAUGCGUGGGUAGCGAGGCUUGCCUGUGAAGAGAAAGAUUUGUAUUGGAUGCUUGAAGAAGUGACGUCUGAGCAACAGAACCUAACUGCUGCCAUUAUAGACUUUGUUAUGACGGAAGAGCCUUGUGAUAUCGAUAUCCUUAGACGAGCGUUAUAUUGUCAGAUCCAAAGAGCAGUUGUAAGACGUAUUGGAUAUUCCGUAAUAAACAAUAUUUUACAUUCCUCCCAAACGAUGUCUGAAAGUGUCAAAUACGCAGCACUUUCUGGUCUACUGGGAGCCUCGAUGGCGGAUUCCGUUCCUAUAACUCAGCUCAAACCUUCGAUACCAUUAACAAAACCUUUGGAGAGCAUUGAAUCUGUGAUACCUUAUUUGAAAUAUAUGGUGCUUUUGGAAAGGUCAAAGUUAAUGGAUUUCAUUCUGAUUGAAUUGAAAGCGAGAGUUCUUGAAGGAGAACAAACUCAACCUUUGCCACUCAAAAUGAGUGCGAAUUAUGGAGCGCAUGCCUUAUUAAACAGACCGUCCAGGGCAAGGUUCCUAAUCACACUUCUUUCGUUACUUAUUGAGGGUUGUCAAGGUCCAGAAUUGGAACAACUUAUAAACGGUGGAGCAUUGAGUUCUUGUUUGACCUUACUAAAACAGAUUGGCGGCGAUACAUCUCAACACUCAUCACUUAUAUGUAAUGGGAUGAAAUCAAAAUCGGAUUGUUUGGUCAUCUAUGAAGACGAACGUCUUGGAGCGCGUGCAAGAGGUGCAUCAUUGUCAGGGCCAGAAUUAGCUUCUCUUAUGAAAAUAGGCACGCGAGUUGUUCGAGGAAAAGACUGGAAAUGGGGUGAUCAGGACGGUGUGCCAGGCGGUGAAGGUCGUGUGAUAGGUGAGCUAGGCGAGGAUGGCUGGGUCCGCGUGGCAUGGGACGCGGGCGGCACCAAUUCGUACCGAAUGGGGAAAGAGGGGAAAUAUGACCUGAAGCUAGCGCGUUCGCCUUCACCGCCCCCUUCUGUAGAUGAAACUGUACAGGGAAAUGUGGAGAACAGCGUGGAAUGGUGGCCAGUGAGCGAGGUUCGGUCGGCGUGCACUUGCGCAGUGCGCGCUCUAUGUGCCGGUGCGGGGACCACGCCCGCCCCCCGUGCGGCUGCGCGACGGAACGUGGCGGCUCUACAACGGAGACUACUGGCGUUAUCGCACGCACACGUAUAUCCACCGCCGACUGCGUUUGCAGCGCACACUCACACAGCGUUAGCGCUGUUACGAGCAAGCGCACAAAGCCCUGAGAUGAGGGUUUCCCUAUGCACGGACUCUUGGUUCGAACUCUGCUACAGUAUUAUAUCGUCUACAGACAAACCCAUUUCACAGGAUCUCAUAUAUUUACAGAUACAGUCUUUAUGGCUCUUGCGGCGUGUACUAGCGGAACAUACGGGCACGUUUGAAUGGCGACGCACAGUUAGCGCGCAGUUGAUUGCGUUAGCGGGAAGGCUUUGGCUCGAGACGCAUGUAGCCGACCCCGCAUUGAGAACGCACACGCAUGCGCCAUUCGCCCUAACUUCAAUAAAUAUUGAUGAAGAGGAAGUCGACAAUAGAUGGCGAGCCCCUGCGACGGCCAGUUACACCGGCGCAACUUGCUCGGCCAUCGUCAACCUCGUGCGACAGCUGCACUCCGUGCCGCAGUGGCACGGCCCCCUCACCGCACUGUUACUGGAGAAGCUACAGCUAGCCGCACAGAUGAUAACAAGCGACUGGCAUUGGUGGCCUCACACUAGUCAAGAACUUACUCAAACUAUGAAACCUACACCACCAACACUUAACAAUUGCCUUAUAGCUGGAGCCUUAGGUGUAGUGGGUGGGAUGGAGUGGCGCAUUCGUCUGGGCCAGAGAGUGUACGCGGGGUCUCCGCCGAGGAAUGCCGUCGUCACCCAGCUGUCGCCGCGGGCUAAGAUAACCCUAUUGCACGAUGACAAUACUGCUACUAAGACGGAUCUGAACAGCGUGCAAAGCGCCGAGUGCGAACGUUUGCCACAAGCUCUGGGCGGCGGUGAGAGUGCGCUUCGCGUUUGCGCCGCUCUACUGGGCGCAGGCCCGCAAGCUUCGCCAAUGCAUCCGCACCAUUUGCCAGCGGACGUUGACGUAUACGGACUUCGCCGGCAACAAAUGGAGUUGCUCACGUUGUGUGCUGUCAGGGGACUGUUGACUACUCGAACUAGACUGCGAAAAGUCCUGAUGCAGCCACCGGACAAUGGCGGUAAUACAUUAGAUCGAGGCACAACACUAGGGACAGAAGGCACUCUGUUAAGACGUCUGCUGGCUCUCGCCACUAGACCCAGUCCACUGGCUUCAUCUCAUUCGCCCAAAGAACUCGCUGCAGCUGCGCUCACUAUAGUUCAACAGCUGGCCGCACAUGUUUCUGGUGAUGAAAAAGAUUUCGACUCACCACCCGAGUUACCUCUUAUAGACAAGAGUAAUGUUAUGCAAGUGUCAAUGGGUCCAUCCACUAGUACUGCGUCACUAUCAAGAAAAGAUUUAAAUACUUGGGCAAAUUCGGCGCAAGUUCAACAAGUUAUUGAAAUGGGUUUUACGAGACACGCGGUGUAUUCGGCUAUACAAACAUUGGGGGGCACAACAUUACCCACAGUAGAAGCUUUAGUGGCGUAUCUGUUAGAGUUGCCACAACAAGGCAUGGACGACACGGUGUUCGAAAUCAAACCGACGACCUCCAAGCAGGAGAAGAAACAGACGCCGUACCGGUGGCGCAGUUGCUUUGCCUCCGAAGACGAAUACGCUCAGUACUUGUCGGACAUCAUCACUCCUGGCAUGACAGUUAGAUGCUGCAAGGCUUACGAAAGUAUUGCUCUUGGCGAUGUCGGACAAGUGCAAAAAGUUGAACGCGACAUAAAGCAGAAUGUUUUUCUUCAUGUGGAAUGGCGCGGCCUGGGCAAAGUGACGGGCGUGCGCGCUCUGCACGCUGAGGUAGUGUCGGGAGCUCCGCCCUUCGCGGCCGGCGACCGCGUGCGCGUCCGUGCCGCCGUCACUCAGCCGCGAUAUAAGUGGGGCUGUAUAGACCACACCAGCGUUGGAACUGUUACAUCAAUAUCGAGCAAUGGGCGAGACCUGACGGUUGAUUUUCCUCAACAGCCAGGCUGGACUGGACAAGUCAGUGAAAUGGAAUUGGUUACUGAUCAAUCGGAGUGGGGAGAAAGUGCAGGUGGCAGCGCGGUGGGAUGGCGCGGCGCCGUGCGUGCCGUGCGCGUGUCGUCGUGCCGACCCGGUGCGGGCGCGCGUCGCCUGUUGGACUCGCAGCCGCAUACGUACUGGCAGAGCUCCAGUGGAACGGGCCAACAUUGGAUCCGCGUGGAGAUGCGCUGCGGAGUCCGCAUCCGGCGGCUGGGGUUAGGCGUGGCGGGAGGCGCGCACGGCCCGGCGGCGCUGUCGGUGCGUGCGGGCAACAGCUUCGAGGACUCCGCGCUGGCGCCGCUCGCCGCUGUACCGUGCACGCCCGCGCCGCCAUCUAGAGACCGCCCGCCUACACACUUGGCGCAGAUACAGCUGCUGUCUGAUUGCAAACAGUAUUAUCCAUGCAUAGAAAUCGGAAUCAAACAAAAUAGAAACGUAAACGCGGAUUGCAGAGUCCACGGUCUUUAUAUCACGGGUUUCAGGCCAAAUCCUUUAUACACGGAGAUAUUGGGAAGUAUGAAUUUCGUAGCUGAAGACUGGAUGGAGAAAGAUAACUCGACAAGCACAGUCUCAACUGACAACAACCCUCCAUUGUUACCCAAUGACUGUCCCAAGGUGUAUGUAUGGGGUUUGAACGAUAAAGACCAACUGGCUGGUGUCAAGGGCUCCAAAGUGAAGGUGCCUGUGUUUUCUCCAGUGAUCAGUGCUUUACGUCCGGUACAUAUAGCGGGCGGCUCUAAAACAUUGUUCAUUGUAUCACACGACGGAAAGCUAUACGCUUGCGGCGAAGGCACAAAUGGUAGACUAGGUCUCGGGCACAGCAACAACGUGUCGACGCCGCGUGCCAACCCGUACCUAUCCCACGUGCUGGUACGACGAGUAGCCGUACACUCUGGUGGAAAACACGCUUUGGCUCUAACCGCUGAUGGCAAGGUGUAUUCUUGGGGCGAAGGUGAAGAUGGCAAACUGGGGCAAGGCAACCGUUUGACGUUGGAGGCGCCGCGUAUCAUCGAGUCUCUGUCGGGCGAGCGAGUGGUGGGCAUAGCGUGCGGGUCCGCACACAGCGCUUGCGUAACGGCGAGGGGACAUCUGUACACGUGGGGCCUGGGGGAGUAUGGACGGCUGGGUCAUGGGGACGAUGCGAUACAGCUUUUGCCCAAAAUGGUUGAAGCAUUAGCUGGAUUCAGGGUCGUACAAGUGGCGUGCGGCUCUCGGGACGCGCAAACAUUGGCUCUCACAGCAUGUGGAAAGGUUUUCUCAUGGGGAGAUGGUGACUUUGGAAAAUUAGGUAUAGGUCGGGGUGGUUCGGAUGGUUGUGCUGUGCCGAUGAAUGUGGAAAGACUGAACACGUUGGGGGUUAUUCAAGUGGAAUGCGGCGCACAGUUCAGUUUGGCUUUAACUAGGGAUGGAGAGGUUUGGACCUGGGGCAAGGGCGAUUACUUCCGGCUGGGGCACGGCUGCGACGCGCACGUGCGCCGCCCCACCAUCGUGGAGGCGCUGCGCGGGCGCCGCGUCGUGCACGUGGCGGUCGGCGCGCUGCAUUGCUUGGCUGUUACUAGUGAGAACCAGGUCUGGGCUUGGGGUGACAACGACCACGGGCAACAAGGCAACGGAACAACGUGCGUCAACCGGCGGCCGGCACUGGUUGCGGGCGUGGAGGGUGUGCAGAGAGCCGCCGCGGGGUCGUCGCACUCGGCCGCGUGGGCACUGCGACCGACCGCCUCGCCCGACGUGCAGACCCCUCACUUCGCGCCUUUGCCCUUCCCCACUCUAAAAGACCCCCUGGGAGCGCAUAGCCUUGGUCUCUACUCAGAUGAAAUCUCAGUAGAAGAGCCGCAAGGGCCGCGCCCUUCGUUAGCUGCCGCGGCGCUGUCUCUCGAGCCGCCGGUAGCGGUUCAACACGCGCUGUCUUUGAUACUUCUUGCAUUACAUAUUACUCAGGCUCGCAGUCUUCUGGUAGAAGCCCUGCGAGCGCACGAGGCGUGCUCGACGGCGGCGCCAGUGGUGGUGGGGAUGGACUCUGAGGACGACGACGCGGAGGCCGACGCACGCACGGGCGGCGGAGAAGCGCCCGCUGACAGAGCUACCUUACCGAGCGGAGCAAGCAGCCCACUGAGCGGUUCGAUAUCGUCUCGACACUCGGCCGUGAUGUCGUCCAGCGCGGUGUCCGUCGCCGCCGCCACCAUGACGGUGCAGCAGGCGGAGGCUCCCAAGGUGAAGUUGGCGCUGGAUGACUUCACGUGUCAACUAGGCGAGUCUGACGCUAGAGCGUUAGUCGACUUGCUGAAGCUGGCCGCAGCGGGGCGCGUGCCCGACGCUAGCAGUGCGGUCAAGGUCAUCACCGAUGUGCUCAUGGCGCUAUGUGCAAGCAAGCCCGCAGUGGCGGACAUGGUGGUGGAGGUGUGCGUGUGCGAGCUGGAGGAGGCGGCGGCGGGCGGCACGCGCGCGCCCCCGCACCCCGUCACCGUCGACAGCCCGCACCCCUACGCAGACGACACCGAUAUAUCCGGCGUCGUAAAAAUUCCUGGAGCAUCGUCCCUCCGAGUGUCGUUUGAACAAGGAUGUUCUACAGAAAGAAGGAAUGAUCCGCUGACUAUAUCCGACAGCGCUGGCAGAGUCCUCGCUACUAGAUCUGGGAGAGAACCUGCAGACUGGGCCCAAGAGAUUAUUGUCAAUGGUGAUGAACUGCGUUGGCGAUUUACAAGCGACGGUUCAGUCAAUGGUUGGGGAUGGCGUUUCACAGCACAUCCUAUUCUGCCGUCACACUCCAAUAUGGAAAGUGGCACAGAUCGCUACAUUCUCUCGUGCCCAUCUGUGGAGUUAGCGUGGCGGUUAUUAGACGGCCCGUUGCUCUCCGCUAUAUCAAACGAUCAUCAGUUAGCGCCGCGUCUAGCGCAGGCGUUGGCUAUUUGUGCACAGAUGCCAACAUUGUCAUGGCGUGGUCGUGUAUGGUGCGUGCGACGCUUACGCGGGGUCGUAUGCGCGGGGGGCAUAGGACGGAGCGCGGGCGAGGGGGUCGCCCCGCCCACAGCCUUACAAGCGCUGCCGCAACUGCUUCAAACUCAGUACGAGCAUGAGGAACCCGCGCUGCGUACUGGCACCCAUCUUUUACAUACACACUAUCUCAAGGAGUUGUCGUGGCUCGCCUGCGGUCUGCGCAUAGACUCGCGCGUAUGUUCCGGCGCCGACGCCGCUCGUUGGACGUGGUUCAAGCGCUACUGUCUCUGCAUGCGGACUGCGGAAGCGCUCAUACGCCGCGUGGCCAUGCCUGUACCUUUCCUGGCCGACGUGCGCAAGAGACUUGCUGACUUGGGCGUGUACAACGCUGAGGAGAGCAGCUCCGAUACGCAGAACCCUUGGGAAGACAACAAGGCUAUUACGCGACAACACGACGAACAACUUCUGCAUUGGGUGAACAAACGACCAGAAGACUGGUCGGGCUGGUGGAACGGUAGCUCCCGCGGCUGCGCUGUUUACGGCUGGGGACACAACCACCGCGGGCAACUGGGAGGAGUGGAGGGCGCCAAGGUGCGCACUCCCACUCCGUGCCACGCGCUCGCGGCGCUCAACCCCGUGCAGUUAGUGGGCGGCGAGCAGACUUUGUUCGCGGUGACGCCUGAUGGGAAGGUCUACGCUACUGGUUAUGGGGCAGGUGGCCGCUUAGGUAUAGGAGGUAUCGAUUCAGUAUCUCAGCCUACGUUAUUAGCUUCUAUUCAGCAUGUCUUUAUCUCAAAGGUAGCCUGCAAUUCAGGUGGCAAACAUUGCCUAGCGCUGUCUGUCGAUGGAGAAGUUUACAGUUGGGGUGAAGGGGAGGAUGGGAAACUUGGCCAUGGAAACAGAGUAAGCUACGAUCGGCCAAAGUUAAUAACAGCACUGUCCGGUUUGGAAGUGGUAGCGAUAGCGUGCGGCGGCGCUCACUCCGCCUGCUUGACGGCGAGAGGGCGCAUAUACACGUGGGGCAAGGGGAGAUACGGGCGACUUGGACACGGGGACUCGGAGGACCAACUUGUGCCUAAAUUGGUCGAAGCUCUGUCAUCGUAUCGAGUUAUCGAUGUGGCGUGCGGCUCAGGGGACGCGCAAACUCUGUGCAUCACUGAUGACGACAACGUUUGGUCGUGGGGCGACGGAGAUUAUGGGAAACUUGGACGCGGUGGCUCAGAAGGCUGUAAGUUACCAAUGAGGAUCGAUUGCUUGAAGGGAUUGCGAGUGAUAAAAGUGGAGUGUGGAUCACAGUUCUCAGUCGCCUUAUGCCAGUGCGGCAGUGUGUAUACGUGGGGUAAAGGAGAUUACCACAGACUGGGUCACGGUAGCUACGAGCACGUGCGACGACCGAUGCGCGUUACGGGCAUGCAAGGGAAGAUGAUAGUUUCCAUCGCUACAGGCAGUCUCCAUUGCGUGGCGUGCACCGACUCGGGCGAGGUGUACACGUGGGGCGACAACGACGAGGGCCAGCUGGGGGACGGCACCACGCUGGCGGCGCAGAGGCCUCGCCUGCUCAUGGCUUUACAGGUGAUUCUGAAAGGUAAACGCGUGACACGCGUUGCGUGCGGCAGCGCGCACACUGUGGCGCUGUGUGUGGAGGCUCCCCGCGCCCCGCGACCGCCGCCUGCGCCGCCUCUUGAGUGCCACUUGCUGAGGGAUAUGUCACCGCAACUUAUUUGCAACAGACUGGUACUAUUGCACCAAUUCUCAGAAUUGGUUUGUCCCAACCUACCACUCCUGGUAUUAGAUGAACCGUUGGAUCAACUCAGAAGUUUGCUGUUCUAUGGUGUGAAAGAUGCUGCAUUUAGAAAAGCAAUAAUGGCGACAAUGGUGCGGGAACGUCAACACGGGCCGAUAGUGGAACUAUCCCGAGUAGCAGCCCGCAGAGCCCGCAGGGGUGGCAGCGGACUAGCCGGACCAGCCGGCAUGCGCUCCGUGUUCGGCCAGAUGGUGGCUCGACUACCCGCGCUCACCCAAGACGCCUUAGCGCUGCCACAUCGAGUUUGGAAGGUUAAGUUUGUGGGCGAGAGCGUGGACGACUGCGGCGGUGGGUACAGCGAGAGUAUCGCCGAGAUGUGUGAAGAGCUACAGAACGGCUCUCUGCCGCUGCUAAUGGCCACGCCCAACGGACGCGGUGACGCGGGCGCCUCGCGGGACGCCUUCCUCCUCAACCCCACCGCCAACACUCCGCUGCACCUCAACUGUUUUAGAUUUCUGGGCGUGUUAAUGGGCAUCGCGAUCAGGACCGGGUCUCCCCUGUCGCUGUCGCUAGCGGAAGGCGUGUGGCGGCAACUGGCCGGCCAGCCGCUGCGGCCGCAAGACCUGGCCGAAGUCGACAAAGACUUCCUACCUGCGCUUCUGUGUAUACGCGAUAUGACGCCCAGUAAUAAGGAAUUACAAAACCUUGAAUUGCCAUUUUCAAUACCGUCGGCGGCUGGACACGAAGUUCCCCUGUCAACGCGACACAAACGAGUAACGCCUGAUAACAAGGACGAGUAUGUGCAACUAGCGUUGCAUUACAGGCUCCACGAGUUCGACGAGCAAGUGCGCGCAGUGCGGGACGGGAUGUCGCGCGUCGUUCCCGCGCCGCUACUAGCGCUUUUCAACGCGUCCGAGCUGGAGACUCUCGUAUGCGGCUCGCCCGACAUACCGGUGCACGCAUUACGAGCUUCUGCUACAUACAAAGGCGUGGAACCGAACGCUCCGCUGGUGCAGUGGUUCUGGGAAGUGAUGGAGGAGCUGUCGGGCAGCGAGCGCGCUCUGUUCCUGCGCUUCGUGUGGGGACGCACCAGGCUGCCGCGCGCGCCGCAGGACCCCAGGCAACGGGACUUUGUGUUACAGGUUCUCGACAAGUACCAACCACCAGAUCACUUUUUACCGGAGAGCUAUACGUGUUUCUUCCUACUCAAGAUGCCGCGGUAUUCCUGCAAGAGCGUGCUGCGAGAAAAGUUGAGAUACGCCAUACACUUCUGCAAAAGCAUCGACACGGACGAGUACGCGCGCGUGGCGCUCAGCGCCGCCGAACGCGUGUCCUCAGAGGAGUCCGACUCGGAGGGCGACGGCGCGUCCAUGCCCACGACCAUCCCACCGCCUGUGCUCUACUCGCUCACGAGAGCGCCCACGUGGCUCUGAACUCUGUUCACGUAAUUAAAAAAAAAACUGGUUAGCUCUGACUUCCGGCCUUUUAGUACCUAACUAUUCAUGUAAAGUGCUUUAAUGCCAAUGACAUUUUACAAAUAGACUCGUUAUAUACUAGCUCAGACCUCUUGUAUCGCACUCAAAUUGUUUGUCGUUUUUUGAGGGGGACAAGAUAAACUCACACAUCGAAAAUAUUUAACGCCAAUAAAUAUACCCUGUGUCUUUACACUGCACACAACUAUAAAUUUAAAUCGUAAUACACACACGUGUAAUUUUUACACAAUGAAACAUCGAUUCUAUAGAUGCAGUAUGUAUAAACUCGUUAGAUCGUGAUCAUAUACUUUUGACAGAGGGGUAACGUCUAGCGAAGCAGGUCCUAUGGUAAUUGGUCUGAGUAUACUUGAGUUUGGCUACUGAGAGAAUAAAUUGAAAUCACCCUGCAAAUUUAAAAAAAAAAUUGGAGGGCAUUCCCAAAACUAUAGUGCAUAUAUUGGAAAAACUCAGUUUGAAACUUGUAAAUUUUUUUAUAUAGGCUUUCAGUAGCCAAACUAACUACAACUAAAAACAGAAAAUAUUGACAUGUCUAUGUAACAACGUAUAUGUAGGCAUACGAGAUUAAAGAGAAAGGAGAUGAUAUUUGUGUAUUUAAUCGCGCCAUUGAAAUUAAUAGACUGUAAUGGCUGUCUUAAUAAUAUACAUACUAUUGGUGAAUGUCGAAAUAAUUUACGGAGUCAAAUUCUAAAUCUAAUGAAAAAUUUACUCAAUUUCUUACUACAUUGACAAUUUUUUGUAAACAGUGCAAAUACCAUUUGAUAAGUAACAGAAGGAUCCUAAACGUAAUUCUUCCAUCCAUUUUUACAAAGACUUACAAUAAAAUGUUUUCAUAAUUUGGACGCAAAAUUAUUAUCAUUUUUAAAGGUAAAUUGGAAAUCGUCUGUUAAAAAACCUCAUUUAUUGUUUUAGCAAACUAUAGCUUGGCGAAUUAGUUCGUAACACUCCUGAUGGUCCGCGGGGGCUGGGAGGCGGGUAGCGAUGACAGAUAAACCCACAACUGAUGAAUCCCACUUCCAGCCUUCCCUCCCUGUCGCUCGCAUAUCAUGGAAGUGUCUUCAGAGAACUUGUCAAGCUAUAACAACAGACUUCUAAAAAUUAGUUGUGGUGACAAUGAAGGUUUUUUAUAUUUGUAAUUGGGCUAUUCACAAAUGACAUCGCCAUGACCAGCCAUGACAUAUUUUGACUAAUGUAGUAAAUUUCGAUUACAUUCCAACACUAAAAUAACUUUAACAUCUAACAGAUUCCGCCUUUUGCAGGGAUGCUAUCUCUCUAUACUUUUAGGCAUAACAAAUUUAGUUUAACCGAAUAAAACCGCCUCGCUUUUUGUGGACAAUAUUUUUAUAGUCUUCUAUAGACAUGAGUUAUAACAUCACAAUCGCGAGGCGAGGCAGUGAAGGUGGCUUUAAUGAGCUAUGACCUUUAACCUAAAUAUACAAACCACACCUAGUAUCGUGUAGUAAACUUAAGGAAUGUUUAAAGUAACUACCACAUGUAGAUUAUUAAUUUUGAAACACCAAUUACGAUUUACAUCCUUAGGUAGUCUUCUUUAGGUAUUUGUAUUAUUACAAUGAUACCUAAGUUUAAAUAAGUACUCGAAACGAUAUUUGUAAUGUUAAUAUUAAAAACAUUAUAGAGCUAACGAAAAUUCUAGCAACGCUUGUUUCCAAAUAAGCAUUCCAUCCAUACUGUAGUUACCGGAGCUCGAAGGAUUUGCUACGAGUAUAAACGAUCUUAUAUAGUUUGUAAUACGUGUUAAAGCAAAGAUUUUAUACUAUAAGAUAUGUUACGGACCUACAAAAUCACCGCAAACAGUAAUCCGAAUUUGAUCUGAUGUGAGCUAUUCCACUAAGCGGACACAUGCACAAUUUUGUGUUUACUUAAAUUAUAUAUUUAUGUUGUGAAUAAUAUCAACUAUCUUAGUACCCAUAACACAAGAUACUAUGUUUGCUUACUUUGGGGCUAGAUGUGUAUUGUUUAAGUAUAUUUAUUUAUUACUCGCGGACGACCGUGACUUCGUCCGCAUGGAAUUCAGUUUUUCACAAAUCCCGCGGGAAUCAUGGAUUUUUCCGGGAUGAAAAGUAAUCUAUGUGUUAAUCCAGAGUAAAGUCUAUUUCCAUUUCAAAUUUCAGCCAAAUCGCUUCAGUAGCCGCAGCGUAAAAGGGAUACAAACAUACUUACACACUUGCACACUUUCACACUUACACACAAACUUUCGCCUUUAUAAUAUUAGUGUGGUUAUUUAUUUAUAUAUAGUUUUUACACUUUCUGAACACACAACUCGACAUUGUAGAUAAUAUUUAUGUAUUAUCUACAAUGUUGUUUACAAUGCGAUUAAAUGAAAUUAAGACAAUUAGCCACUUUCAUGCGCCUCAGUUUUGUCGCGUUAGUGACAUAUCUAUAGUAUAAAAUAUCUUUGUGUAAGUACACUGUAAAUUAACAAUAAACGAAAAUACAAAUACGACGGCUGAACACGCAUGAAUUCCAACGCUGGAUAACCUAAUCUCACUAAGCUUAAUGUUUAAUUGUAUCUACUAUCUAAUUAAUUAUAUUAAUAAAAUGAAUCUAUUUUAAUAAACCUGUUAAAAAAAAUGUAUAAUUUUUGGAACAACCUACAUUUUUGUCAAACAAGUUUGUGCGAUUCCUUCUGCCAGUUAAUUUAAAGUUUUUGAUAUAAUUAGUGUUUUUAUCUAUGUGAAUAUUUGCAGCACUCAUAAGUUACAAAAUAUUAUGGAUCAAGGUUUUUCUAUAGGUUUUAAAAAUAUUCGUAACGAUUGACGUUAAAUAAUUAUAAGACGACUGAUAAAGUACAGCAAAAUGUAGGUAAACUAACGAAUAAAUAAGCUGUGUGAUUGUUGGCUUUUAGAUAGGAAGGGAAUGAGAAGGUGCAUUUUAUAUAGAGAAAGCAAUUAAUGCUAGUCAGAAUUUUUAUGUAAAGGGCUUGAUAUUAUAUUUAAUACUUAUUUUUAUUGUCUUAGCCAGUAUUACGUGUAUUGAAUAUAUAACUUUCUACAAAAAAGCACCGCAUGAUAUUUUUGACUUAAUAUAAUGCUUCUCUACUUUUUUCGUAAUUGCUACUAAUGGAUAUUUUAUUAAUCAUAGCUUUGUUGUAUACAGGGUGCUCGGGAGCAUUUUCCAUAACUCUGUGGAUAUAUUCUUUACCGAAAAUUAAUUAAAAAUGUUCAAGGAACAUGUGCUCUAAAAUUAAUAUUUUCGGGGUAAAUAAUAUUUCUUUUGUGAAUUGAUCUUAAAAUGUGUCCCAUAACCGCAUCUUUAUAAUAUUACGUAGCUCAGUUUUACGUAUUUUUAAAUGUAAGGAUAGAUAAAGGCUUGUGUUACUUGGAUAGUCGGAAUUAUUUGAAUUAUUUUGUAUGAAAACAUAAAAAGUUUUUAUUAUUUAGUUAAAAAAAUAUUAAUUAUGCAGUUCAGCCUAUAAGUGGACAACUGUCAACACCUUGAAGUUAUGGGGAAUACUCCCGAGCAUCCUGUAUAUUAUUGUCCUUAUAGCUUUAUACUGUAUUAUAAUCAACAUUGAUUUUUUUUAGUUUCCCUAUUUAUUAGAGAAUUGUUCGUAGGUAUCUUGUGUUUAAAUUAGCAAGUCUUGUAUAAUGAUAGUUUCAAGACAAUUCACAAUAACAUAUUUUCUAAAUAUAAAACACUAUUUAAUUGUGGAACUCUCCCUAGAUAGACACCUAACAUAGUUUACGUAGUUUUGGUGCUAGUGCUUCGAAUAUGUUGAUGAUUUUUUUACAAAAAUUUUUGAAAGCACAAAUACAUGUUAAAGUAAGACACAUGUAUAGUAUAGGCUCGACAUCCAUUGUAAUAUUCCAUUUGGCUCUGAAAUUCUUCAUCUAUGUACCUCUAUAACAUUAAACAAAUAUUAUUUGAAUUAUUUUGAAAUUGUAUCCAAAUAUUUUUUCACCAAAGAAUAAAAGACAGAAUUAAAUAGUUGAACAAUGCUCUGCUCUGAAGUUUUAUUAGCAAAAUUGUUCUAUAUUUUUAUCAUUAAGUGAAUUGUUUUGGGUUACAAAAUAGGAACCAUCAAAGUGGAAUAGAUAUUAUUAAAAAAACAGUAAACUAAGUUAAUAUGAAAAAUGUGCAGUAUUAAAUGUUAUGUUAUUAUGCAUAUACAAAUUAAUUUGGUGACAUUAUAUUUAAAAAUAUUUUAUUAUCUCCAAAAUAUUAAAUCAGAUCAAAAGUCUUCAUAAUAUGAAUUACUAAAUUCAUAAAUAUGCAAUAUGUAUCGUAAACGAGAAUGCCCAACAUCUGUAGUGAAAAUAAUCCAUCUUUACUUAAUGAGUCUUGAUGAAUUCUUAUUUAUUAGUCAAGUUUAUUUUUAAUUAUAAAUAUCUGAAAUAAUGAAAUCCACAAUGGACUUACUUGGAUUACUUUUAUACUUAAGAAGAAAUAGAAUGAGCUCUUGAACAUUAUUUUACUAACAAGGAUAAAUAUAUAGACAUUCUUCCUUUACAUAACUACUUUCACCAAUUGCAGAUCUGUAAAUAAUAUUUUAUUAUUUUAAAAUUGUAUUGCUGUAUUAUGAUUGUCUACACCUAUAUUUCUAAUUAAAUCAAUAUUUAUUAAA